GUCAGAACACAAAACGUGAAUCUGGGAGAAAAGUGCAGACAGGAAACAUCACUGCUGCAAAGACCAUUGCUGACAUCAUCCGAACAUGUUUAGGACCAAGAGCCAUGAUGAAGAUGCUUUUGGACCCCAUGGGAGGGAUUGUGAUGACCAAUGAUGGCAAUGCCAUUCUUAGGGAGAUCCAGGUCCAGCAUCCAGCAGCCAAAUCCAUGAUCGAGAUCAGCCGCACGCAGGAUGAAGAAGUUGGGGAUGGGACUACAUCUGUCAUCAUCCUGGCUGGAGAGAUGCUCUCUGUGGCUGAGCAUUUCCUGGAACAGCAGAUGCACCCAACUGUUAUCAUCUGGGCUUACCGUAAGGCUUUGGAUGACAUGAUCACUAGCCUAAAGAAAAUUGGCACUCCAGUGGAUGUGAACAACAAGGAGAUGAUGCUUAAAAUAAUCAAGAGUGCCAUAAACACCAAGGCCAUAAACCGCUGGUCUGACCUGGCCUGCAGCAUCGCCCUCGAGGCUGUCAAGACUGUGGAGUUUGAAGAGAAUGGCAGAAAGGAAAUUGAUAUUAAAAAAUAUGCAAAAGUCGAGAAGAUCCCAGGGGGGUUCAGUGAAGACUCCUGUGUGCUUCGUGGGAUUAUGGUGAACAAAGACGUGACCCACCCCAGAAUGCGACGCCUCAUCAAGAACCCCCGGAUUGUCCUGCUGGAUUGCUCCCUGGAGUACAAGAAAGGAGAGAGCCAGACUGACAUCGAAAUAACACGGGAGGAGGACUUUGCCCGAAUCCUGCAGAUGGAGGAGGAGUACAUCCAGCAGAUGUGUGAGGAUCUCAUCAGGGUCAAGCCAGACCUGGUCAUCACAGAAAAGGGAGUUUCUGACCUGGCCCAGCACUACCUGAUGAGAGCCAACAUCACUGCCAUCCGCAGGGUGAGGAAGACUGACAACAACCGCAUCGCCAGGGCCUGCGGCGCUCGCAUCGUCAGCCGCACGGACGAGCUGCGGGAGGAGGAUGUGGGCACUGGGGCCAGACUCUUCGAGGUGAAGAAAAUAGGGGAUGAGUAUUUUGCCUUCAUCACUGACUGCAAAGACCCCAAGGCUUGCACCAUCAUCCUGAGGGGAGCCAGCAAGGAGAUCCUGGCG